UUUAGCCACACUAUCGUCCAUGGGGGCGUUAUUCGGUGACUGCCUGUUUUCCUACAAUAAAAGAUAGCGGGUGGAACCUGGGUGCUGUGUAUGCAAUGGUGGGGCUGCAUAACGUCAAAGCAUUGCUAGGGUGUAUGAUCCUAGCGGCCAUCACAGCUCGCCAGUACUUGCUGUACAAGUUGUUUGUGGACAACCGUGCGGGGGCGGGGGCGGUGAUGUACGCUAUCAAAGACAUCAGGCGCAUAUAUUUCACACCCAAUGCCAUUAUAUUAGGGGUGUAUGUCUUGCUUGGUAUAAGUAUUAUUCUGGGUGGGUAUCUUCGCGGAGAAGAACGCAAAGGACCAGGACUACAUCCACAGUUUCAAUACUUCGAGACUCGUGACGUCGAAGUGGAGCUCAACGAUUGGUGGGCAAACAUCCGGGCUUUUAUGCUGGCCAUGCUGCUGUCCGUGUGCACGUUUAUGCUACGCUCCAUGAUGCGUUUUAACCUGGAUGCGGGAGUAUUUCAUGGGCCUUUCUACAUCUUCCUGACCACCAUGUAUGUCAUGGGCUCGUUCUCCGGUCCGCUGAUCUUGAUCUAUUCCGAGGACCCGCAUACGCCCCAAUGGCUGCGCUCGGGGUGCAAUGCUAUAGUCCAGAUGGUAGGUACAUGGCCACUGCGAGCCAUGAGUCACACAGUUGUCAUUAGUGCGGAGGAGCGGCACAGCUUAAUGGAUCUAGACGCCAACAAAUGA